AUGGUGAAGUCGCUAGAAGUGGACAAGAGUUGUCAAGCGGAGAGAAUCCUCGGAGUGCUCUGGGAUCCUGAAGAAGAUGCUUUCGAUUUUUCUACCGAGAUUCGAGAAGAUCUGCAGCCGUAUAUUCACCUUCUCGCCUGGCCAACGAAGAUGAUUGCAUUGAGAUAUGCUGGAGAUGUAGCGUAUGAGUGCGUCGCCUACUUUAGGUUCGACUACGGCGAAGUCAUUCACUGCACAUUCGUCGAAGCGAAGGCGAAGGUGGUACCGUUGCAGUACUUGUCCACUCCGAGGAAGGAGUUGGAAGCUGCGGUCCUGGGUGCACAAUUGGUCAAUUCGAUUUGCGAAAACCAUUUUUUUCCGGUGAAGAGAAGAUUCCUGUGGUGUGACUCCGAUACGGUGGUUUCCUGGAUAAAGUCCGACCAACAAAGGUACAAACCCUUUGUCGCUCACUGGUCAGUCAGCAUCACAAAUCCAGAAGAGUGGUAUUGGGUGGGAACGAAGUGUAAUCCUGCCGUCGACUUGAUGAAGUGGGGGAACGGAACGGAGAUCAAAUCGGAGAGCCGAUGGUACCGUGGACCUGAUUUCCUAUACCGAGGAGCAGAAGAGUGGCCGAAGCAGGAUCGUCUACGAAUAGAAGUAGCCAAAGAGCUCCGAGCGAGCCUGCUACUACACCAUAUUGUGUUGCCCGAUAGUCUGAUCGAGAGGAUGUGCCAUAUAUCGCGUUGGCCAGUGGUGGUACGAACGAUUGCUACGGUAUUCCGUUUCGUGGUGAACUGCCGUCGCCGUGUACAGAAAAAGCUGAUUGAAGCUUUAUGGAGGAGUAGCAAGCGAUCCGGAGUACGAGGGUUCCCGAGUGUUGAAGUGCCGUUACAACAGAAACAAUAUCUGGCGGCGGAGAAUCUUUUGGGGAAAGCUGUGCAAGCGGACCAGUUCGCCGAUGAAGUGAAGACCUUGUGGAGGAAUAAGGAGCUGUCGACCUCGCAAGCAAUUCCGCUUGAAAGAUCGAGUGCGUUAUAUUGUCUGGCACCAUUCCUGGAUGAAGAUGGAGUUAUUCGCAUGGAAGGUAGGACCGAAGCGGCGGAAUAUGCAUCGUUCGACGUCAGGUUCCCGAUCGUUCUACCUAAGGACCAUGUAGUGACGACGAGCUUGCUGGAGCACUACCAUCGAGAAUAUGGCCACAGCAGCAGGGAGAGUGUUGUGAACGAAGUUCGCAGUAGUUCUACAUAA